AAAAAAUACCAGUUGGAGAAUUUUUCGCGAACACUUCAAAGAGGUUAUUAAGAAUAAUUAAAAGAACAAAAUGUAAUGCGGUUUGACAAGAUGACGUAGUGUCAACCAUCACUGUCAUGUCCCACCACAACCUGGUUUAUAUGAAAAUAUUUGAUGCUCAAGUAAUAACUUUACAAACACUAGUAUUAUGAGUAGCUGUCGGAGAAGAAUUUAAAUUAAAUAAUGGAGGGAAAGCUAUCGGAGUGCGAGGCGAUGGCGCAAGAUGGCGGGCUGUGUGUGUGCAAGGGCGGCCCCACGCUCGAGAUACUGAAGGAGGUGCAGAGAGCCUACGAGCAGAGGAUAGAGCUGCUCAACAAGAAUGGCGGCAAAAAUAAACUGCAAAAGGAGCUGCAGCUGCUGCGGGCGUGGGUGAGCGACUUGGUGGAGCAGAACAGUCUGCUGGCGCGCGCCGUCGAGGAGAUGGAGGCAGACAUCUCCGCCAGGAUGGUGAUGGAGCGCCGGCGGACAUCAGAGUGGGAUCCCAAGAAAGGAGUUCGCGACAAAAUAAAUGAAUUAAAACUCCUCAACGAUACGUUGCAGAAAGAAAACUACACGAAAGAGAGGGAAAUAAGAAAACUGUCUACCGAUAUCCAGCAGUGCGAGCACACUAUCGCCGCACUCAAAAAAGAAAUUGCAAUAAGCAGAACUGUGCCUACCAAAGACGAGGAAGUUAUGACCGAAGUCAGCUCUCCUAUUGCGCAGGAGGAAGACCCUCGUGUCCGGCGGGUGUGUCGUGCGCGGCGCGGGGCGGGGUGCGGGGCGGGGCCGGCCACGUCCACGCCCAACACCAGCCGCGACCUCACCUCAGCCCCCGCCCCCGCUGAACUCUCGCUCGUAGAACCUCUUACGGAUGAGUCUAUACCCAUCUUGGAUGAUUCCUCGACAUCGGCAGAGCUCGCCAAGAGUACGGAUAAAAGGAGAGGCAGCCCCACGUUCCAGAGGAAAGAGUCCUUAAAGGUUACUGAGAAGUUGUGCAAAUGCGAGCGUAACGUUAACCGCAAGGGUAAGAAGACCCGCACAAGUAUGAGCUUCAAUGGAGAAGAAAAGCGAAAAGGGAAAGAUGCAAGUUCAGCUUCUGACUCGUCAGCGGGUCUCGCAUUAGAGUCCCCGGGCGCGUCUGCCGGCGGGCCGGGGGCGGCGUGGCGCUCGCUGUGUAUCUGUGGACCUAAAAAAACAUCAAAUGUUCCUUCCAAUCAGAACCCUAAGGAUUCUGCAGUGGUUUCCAAAAGUCCUGCUGAGGUUAAGGAGGGCGCUAGUGAGCAGAACAGCAAGCGAUGUGUCAAAACGUGCCAUACGUCAGACUCAUUGCUUGUCAUAGAGAUGGCCAAGUUAUGUCUGUGUAAUAGUGCACAAGAUGAAAACAAACAUAAACAAACGAAUACACAAGAUGACAAGGAGACAAAGUCGAAUCGAGACAACAAUCAAGCGAUUCAGUUAUCCCCGACACCAGUGGUUAUCUUCGACCGCGGGAAGGGAAAGUGUGGUCCGAAUUGUCGUAGACGGGAGACCUUACUUGUGAUCGAGCCAGCCGCGCGCUGUCGCUGCACUUUGGAUAAGGACAAAUAUAAUGAUGGAAAACGAAGCAACAGCUUUGAUAGACAUGGAAAACCCGAGAAUACACAAGACAACGUUACCGACAAACCUUCCAAAGCUAAGAGCAAAGAUGCAAAGGUUCACAGCAAAGAUUUAAAAGAAAUGAAUGCGGAUGAAAAGAAAAAAGUUAAAAACGCAGCUUCGGUUGGUGACGAGAAGAAACAGACCAAGACUCAAAUCGGACUAAAUGAGAGCAUCGGGGCGUCUAGCGUCGCGGGCAGCGGUGUCAAUGGUGGCAACGAUGCCACAAGUGGCAGCGAGCAAUGCGCAGUCGAGUGCCUGCAGAACAAGCUGUUGGCCACAAUGCGGAUUCUGGAGAACAAAGAGGAGACGAUCCGCGUGCAGGCGCAGAGCGUAGCAGUCGCGCAGCAAAGGAUCGCAGCACUGACAGAGCGCGCUAACUACUAUCGCAGGCAACUAGACCAGUGUCAGCAGUCGCCGCGUUUUCCAGACCCUCAGCCGGUGCAGACGGCGGACAUGUGUGUCAAUACAGACGUGAACAAGGAGGAGGUGUGUCAACAGAAGAUUGUGUCCACUCUGCGAGACAAUUUGUCUGUUAUUGAGGAACUGUAUAGGGAGUGCUUCUAUGAGACAGCAAAGCAAGAGGAAUUGAUAGAUUUACUUCGGAAGUCUUGCGCGGAUGUCAGGUCUAUGGAGAGAUACAAAAGUGAUCAGAUCGAUCAGUUACAGAAUGUCGUCCACAGCCAGAAGUGGUCGCUGGACAAAUGUCAGGAUAUAGCAGCGGAGGUCGAAAUUCUAAAGACAGAAAUAUCAAAUUUCCUCAACAGCUCCAACCACGACUCGCAGUGCGAGUGCGUUUGCGGACUGAAGGAAGAAAACAUUAAAUUACGUCAAAGGAACGAAGAAUUGGAGGCAAAAGAUAAAGAGCUGCAGAAACGAGUGCAGGAGCUAGAGAAAGCUCUGCAAGAAAAAGAUAGAGAUAUCGAGAAGCACGACCAACAGCUCGACAUGAAGGACCGAGAGGGGCGGCACAUGUCGCAGCAGGUGUGCAUGCUGCGACAGAAGUACAUGGACCAGGUGACCACGUGCGAGUCCCUCACCGCACAGUUGCAGCACUGUCAAGCGAUGCUGUCGAGCAAGUGCGACGAGGUGGCGCAGCUGCAGCGCGAGGCCGGCGAGCGGGACAAUUUCAUACACGAUAUUGCUAAAAUGAAGACUGAUGUAAAUGAAAUGAUACUGUAA